AUGUCACUGUCGGAGCGUGUAACGACAAUCGCAACCAAUGCCACCGCCGACCCCGACUAUGAGGUCGACUGGGACGGCGAUGGGGACCCUGAGAACCCCAAGAACUGGAAUCUCAAGUAUAAGUCCAUGGGCAUCUUGUUUCUAUCAUGGAAUACUCUCGUCGUCGUGUUAUACUCAACUUCUUAUACAUCAGGAAUUACAUUAAUGGCCAAUGAAUUCGGCCAAACUCAGACUGUCGUCACCCUUGGCUUAACCUUCUAUCUAUUUGGUCUUGCCAUCGGGUCAAUGUUCAUGGCCCCGUUGAGCGAGGUCUACGGACGGAAACCCGUCUGUGUCAUCUGUCUAGCCGUGUUAACCGUCCUGAUCAUCCCCUGCGCGCUCGCAAAGUCCAUCACGGCACUGAUCAUCGUUCGCUUUAUCGCUGCUUUCUUUGGCAGCGUCAUGAUCUCUACUGCGCCCGGUAUGGUGGCUGAUUUGGUGGACGAUGAGCACCGUGCUCUGGCAAUCUCCGUUUGGAGCAUCGGGCCACUCAAUGGACCAGUCAUCGGUCCUGUUAUUGGAGGUUUCGUCACUCAAUAUCUUGGCUGGCGCUGGAUGUGCUGGAUCGCCCUCAUUCUCUCCGCUGUUGCCUUGCUUUUUGCUAUCCUUCUCAAAGAAACCUACGCACCAACCCUUCUCCAAAAGAAAGCGGCCAGACUUCGCAAGGAGACCGGCGAGUCACGCUGGUGGAGUCGCUACGACCAAAAGGCGAGUCUUCCCGAGGUCCUCGGGCUGAACCUCAGCCGGCCGUUUGUGAUGGCAGUCACCGAACCAAUCUGCAUCUUUUGGAACAUCUACAUCGCUAUUAUCUAUGGCAUCCUGUACCUCUGCUUCGUAGCCUACCCCAUUGUCUUUCGCGACAUCCGCGGAUGGCAACUGGGCGUGUCCGGGCUCGCCUUCCUAGGCAUCGGGAUCGGUGUUAUCCUCACCAUCGCCUGCGAACCCUUCAUCCGGCGACUAAUCAACCGUCACGCCAAAGACCCCGAGACCGGAAAACCACACCCAGAAGCAAUGGUCUCGUUCAUCUGCAUCUGCGCAGCGAUGAUCCCAAUCGGUGAGCUUUGGUUUGCAUGGACCUGCUCCCCAGCCUCGAUUCCCUGGAUCGUGCCCUUGCUCGCAGGUAUCCCGUUCGGCGCGGGAAACACCGGUGUCUUCAUCUAUGCGUCCAACUACCUGACUCACAGCUACGGCAUGUAUGCUGCUUCUGCUUUGGCGGGCAACUCUGUCAUUCGGAGUAUCCUCGGUGGUGUUCUGCCUCUUGCUGGCACAUCUAUGUAUUCCAGCUUGGGGCCGAAUUGGGCGGGCACUCUGCUAGGAGUGUUGGAGAUUGUUAUUGUCCCGAUUCCGUUUGUGUUUUACAAGUAUGGUCACAAGAUUCGCAUGAAGAGUCCUCUCAUUCUGCGUAUGCAGGAGGAGAAGAUUCAGCUGGAAGGGAAGCGGGCUAGGAGGCAGCUUCAACUUCAGCAGGCGUACCAGUCGGACGAGGAGAAGGUGGCUAAGGUGGUCUAG